CUCUCUCUCUCUCUCUCUCUCUCACACACACACACACACUUUGACCGGUUGCUAUCCGCAGGAGCAGCUCUCUCUCUCUCUCUCUCGCUCACAUGGAGACCCCACUCUGAUCUUUUGAGUGGAAACGUGAGCUGAAGCCGCCUCUCUUUUAGAGAUGAAAGCUUAAAGAGAACAACGUCUCUCUCUCUCUCUUCUCCCUUGUUUCUUUCUCUCAGUUGAUGAAACCCUAAUUCAAUCCCAACACAUAUAAGGCAAGAACAAAGCCACCAGUCCCAAAUACAGAUCUCUCUCUCUCUCUUGCAACCAUCAAUUUCAUCAUCUGUGGGUCUUUUAUUCUCUCCUUCACGCAUACCCUUUUCCCCAAAGACAAAGCUACAAAUAAAAAAGCAUGGACAGGACUGUUCUCUUUCUCGAUCCUCAGAGCUUUAAAGACAUGGGUACUUUCUGAAUUCUCUUCCAGAACCCCUCUCUCUCUCUCUACUUGCGUCUUCUUAAAUGGGUUUAGACAUGGAUUCGGGUAACAGUGGGAGCAUACAGUCAUCGAGUGGUGGUGAUGAAGAGUACGAUUCACGCGCCGAAUCAAUCUCCUCUUUUCUCAACUCCAAUAUUAGUCCCAUCACCAACCCACCACCACCACCAUCUCACCACCACCACCACCACAACCACAAUUCCUCCAUGUUCGACCCACUAUCAAACUACUUCGACCCCUUAUCAUCACGAUCCUCAAUUCUCGACACUGUCCCUGUGUGGUCCAAGACCCUACGAUCUGAUUCCAAUUGCACCCAGAUCAACAACCCCAUCUUCCCAUCACCACCGUCCGUUCAACCCUUCUUCGGCUCCUCAUCAUCAUCACCGACUGUUCAUUUCCCUCCGGUGGCAGAGAAUACAGUUACAAUCACAGCAACCUCACCACGAGCUUCAUCAUCAUUGGCGACAAAUAACAAUGAUCAGCUUCAGAUUCAGAAUCAGACCCAUCAUCACGUGCCUGUACGUAACCCAAAGAAACGAUCGAGAGCUUCACGACGUGCACCAACCACUGUUCUGACCACAGACACCGCCAAUUUCCGAGCCAUGGUUCAGGAGUUCACUGGCAUCCCAGCACCUCCUUUCACAUCCUCACCCUUCUCUAGAACCAGACUUGAUUUCUUCGGUACACCCUCCACCAUCAGAUCCAACCCUUUAGAUGCUUCUUCGCAACAACAAACACCUUAUCUCCUCAGGCCUUUUGCUCAAAAGUUUCAACCACCACCAUUUCUUUCAUCUUCUUCUUCUUCCUCAUCUUCAUUUCUGAGUUCUUCCAUGGUGGAUGGUACUAGCACUAACAAUAUCAAUUCUGGUACUUCAACUACUACUUCUCUUUCUAAUUCAACUUCUGUUAACUAUCAUCAAGGACUACUCAACAUGCAAAACCCAAUUCUCACAUUUCAGUCUCUCCUCCAAUCUUCUGCUCCCAAAUUCCCACUUUCCAAUCAGACCAUUCUGGGUUCAAAACCCUCACUUGAAAUUCCAUCAAAUGAUUCACAUCUGAAAAUGGGUGUCUUGGAUGAAUUUGGGUUGACCCAUGGGCAUGUCAACCACACCCAUCUUACUGGACUCCCCAAUCUGGUCUCCUCCGAUCGAACCGCGUCGAGGACCACGGAUAACAAUCCGGCGAGCUGGGCCGACGGAGUGGGUUCGGGAUCAACCAACACAGAUCAGAGUCAUUUAAGGUCAGUCAAUGGAAAUUACGAGUUUUUGCAGAGUGUUGCUAAUGGGAAGUUACAUUACUCAGGUUCGGCAUCGUCGAAUUUUCACAGUGAAAAGGGAUCGGAAAAUGUUUCAACCAGAGGUGAAGGUAUGAUGGAAUCAUGGAUAUGUUCUUCAGAUUAGUAAUCUUCUUCAGUCAAUUAUCAGACAAAACAAAAUGAGAACAAAACAAUGAUGGUGUUUAUCAUAAUACAUGAAAGAAACAAGAGGUUAAUUAGAUUCUCUCUUAUCUUAAUUAUGACUUUCAACAACAUAUCUGAAUUAUGUGUAAAUAAUUAGUCUUUCUUUAA